UUGAUUGCUCCACCAAGCAAUUUUAUCCAAACUUUGCAAAAGCAUGUAUUCAACUUCUUCUACAUCCUCAGAACUCUUGCAAGAUUUUCUUGUAAACUUUCACUCCAGAAAACUACUGGUAUAUUACAAACCUCUUAACCAAACUUCAGUCACAGCAGCUCCUCCUUACUCUCAGAAGACCAACUUAGAUGAAAAUGUUUUCAUGGUACUAUCAGUUCUCCUAUGUGGCGUAAUUAGCUCAUUGGGGUUAAACUUCCUUGUCAGAUAUGCGUUAAGGUGCCCAACCAGGGCAACUUUAGAGUCCAAUGACAACACUCCAGCUAUAACAGUUAAUAAAGGGAUCGAGCAUAAAGCCCUGAAGACUUUUCCUGUGGUAAAUUACUCAGAAGAUAUGAAUCUUCCAGGGCUGGACAUGGAAUGUGUCAUAUGCUUAUCCGAGUUUGUGCCUGGUGAACACCUGCGGCUUCUACCCAAAUGUAACCACGGAUUUCACGUUCUUUGUAUUGAUAAGUGGCUUAAAUCACACUCGUCAUGCCCGAAAUGCAGGCAUUGCUUGAUUGAAACAUGCCAAAAAAUCAUGGGGGAUGAUCAAACUAGCUCAUCAGAAUCAUGUCUUCCAGCUCAGGACAGCAUUGUGAAUAUUCUGCCACUGGAACUUGAAAGUAUGGUACAUAGUUAUAGGGGCGUUUAAUAAGUUUGAUUCUGUGCCGUUUGUGGAAAACCCCCUGCACUCUGAAGGUCUUUUAUUCCAUAAGGGAGCUCAAUUUACCAAUUUGGAGUCUGAAAGGCACUAAAUUGACAACAUUGAUUUUCCUGCUUAAAGCCUAGGCAAAUGUUCAAUUUAUCAAGAAAACUAAACUUGCCCAGAAAAAGAUGCUGUUGUGAACAGAGUUUAAGCUGAGAGUUUCGGUUAUGACUUUGGAAGACAUAUCUGAAUCAACUUCUUACACCAUCAACAUUUUCAUGGAAGCUGCUUCACCUGAAGUUCAACCUUUUUAAACGCUCUUUCUUAGCAAUUAUUAAUUCCAUUGAGCCAAUGGGAUGUGGAGUCAUUCAGUUUUCAAACGCAAUGAAAGGUUUUGCCUCAUAUUGCCUUCAGCUGUACUGGUUUAAUGAUCGCCUUACACUUAAGAUAAUUUGCUGUCUACUAUAUCAAUGAUGAAAUUUGUUCAAGUGGGACUUUUUUUUAAUCUUUUCCUCACUGAAGUUUCCUUUAAGAAAGACAUUGAUGAUUGAAAGUUGAUUACUAUCAAAAGUUAAAAAAGCAGCUCCCUAUUGCACAAGAGUAGUUAGAGAUGCCUGAUAAGAAAUGCACCAACAGACAAGCAAAAGGAAAAGCAAAGACAAAACUGAAAACGCACAACUUUAAUUAACCGUAUUGUCACAUGGAGACCCCAUUAUACAUUAUCUGGAGCCUUUCCAGACAAAUUCAAAUUCCUUCAACAAAGCCAAGGCAUUACUUAAAACUUAAAAGCAAAAGGGAAACUAAGGCAUUACGCAUAUGCUUAAACAUUUUUUAUAUAAAUAUCUCAAAUUUCAACUAUUAAUUUGCCAAUUGAACUCAUAUAAAGUUGAGCUGUCUGGAACCAUCAUAUAUUGGGCACCUCCACUGCAAAUUUUAUCUCCUCAGUCGGACCAUUUCUUGGUUGUG